AUGUGCAGCAGCAUCAAAAUACAUGAUGGAUACACAACUAGAAAAACUUACUAAGGAAGUGUCAGUUAGUACACCAAAUGAUAUAGAAUAUAUAGCAAAAAGUUUAACGAUAAAAGAUUUAGACAAGAUCACAGACUCAGAAUUAAUCGCAUAUGGAAGAUUAUGUACAGCAUUAAGUGAAGCCGAAUGCAGAAAAUAG